GAAUCUGGGAUUACCAACAGUCACUUCCACGAUAAUAAUCUUAUGAUAACAGUCCUGAAUCUGUUUGCUGCCGGCACUGAUACAACAGCAACUACGCUGAGAUGGGGACUUCUGCUGAUGGCCAAGUAUCCAAAAAUACAGGACCAGGUCCAGGAGGAGCUGAACAGGGUAAUAGGAAGUCGUCAGGUGCAGGUUGAGGACAGGAAGAACCUGCCCUUCACUGACGCUGUCAUCCACGAGACACAAAGACUGGCCAACAUCGUCCCCAUGGCACUUCCUCAUAAAACUACCCAAGAUGUCACUUUCCAGGGUCACUUCAUUAAGAAGUCCUCCAGUUCCCUCUCCCUGUUGGGGGCUCUGUUGGUCCUGCUGCUCGUCUACCUCAAGUCAUCCUCUGGCUUCACCUCCCAGGAAGAGGGAAAAGAACCUCCAGGUCCAAAACCACUUCCCAUGCUCGGUAACCUGCUGCAACUGGACCUCAAGAGACCUUACAACACAUUACUGGAGCUUUCCAAGAAAUAUGGGUCAGUGUUCACCAUCUAUAUGGGACCCAAGAAAGUCGUGGUCCUGGCUGGAUACAAGACAGUGAAGGAGGCACUUGUUAAUCAUGCAGAAGAGUUUGGAGACAGAGAUCCAAUGCAAGUUAUGCAAGACACUAGUAAAGGAAAUGGGGUUUUAUGGUCCAAUGGUGAUUCGUGGAAAGAGAUGAGGCGCUUUGCCUUGACCAACCUGAGAGACUUUGGGAUGGGCAAGAAGGCUUGUGAGGACAAAAUCAUUGAGGAAUGUGACUAUCUCAUUGAAGUGUUUAAGAAAUUUAAAGGAGAAGCUUUUGAUACAACUCAACCAAUGAACUAUGCAGUCUCUAACAUUAUCUGCUCAAUUGUUUAUGGCAGCAGAUUUGAAUAUGAUGACCCAGAAUUUACGUCCCUGGUGGAUCGAACAAACAGAAACAUUCAGCUUGCGGGCUCCCCAUCAAUACAGGUGUACAACAUGUUCCCAUGGAUCUGUAACUGGGUUUCUAACAGGAAGGAAGUCCAUAAGUUGGCUGUUGCCAAUAUUAAACAGAACUUACUGCUGUUCAGUCGUUUGAAAGAGACCCUCAAUCCACAGAUGUGCAGAGGAUUUGUGGAUGCCUUUCUCGUCCGAAAGCAAAAUCUGGAGGUUUGAAAGUGUAUUAUCACCUAUCAAAAUUGCUAUUAUGCUCAUUGCUAUUAAGAUUUAAGAAGACUUAAGGUUUGCCAAAUUGUGU